GAGAUGGUUGGAGUUGGGGACAAGGGGAAGCGAUCUGCUCUUGCUCGCGUCUCUAUCGUUGACGGAAAUGGGGAUGCUGUGCUAGACACUUUUGUUGCGCCCCAGGAGAAAGUGACUGACUAUCGUACUAUGUUUUCUGGUGUAAGACCAAAAGACUUGAAAGAUGCUCCCAAGUUUGCUGUCGUUCAGAAACUUGUGUCAGAGAUAACCAAGGACAAGCUUCUUGUUGGACAUGCCAUACACAACGAUCUCAAGGUCCUUCUGAUGUCGCAUCCAAAGCAUCUCAUUCGCGACACAUCAACGUUCCGAGCAUAUCAGGUCUGA